UCCAACUCCCGUUACCCCUUGUAUAACUGAAAAAGCUGAAAGAGAGGAGAGAGAAUAGAGAGAAACAAGAGCCCGAUUUUUCACGGUCUAGGGUUUGCAACGACGGAGAACGCUUAAAACCCUAGACUCUGAGCAUUCUCUCUUCGUUUUCUCUCGUAGCCAGUAUAUUGAUCGAUUGCUUUGCAAUCUCAAUCCAAUUUCCCUCAAAUUUCGCUUCUUUUUUCUGUUUUCUACAUUUCCACCACAGAGCUAGAGUGGGUUUAUUUCAAGUUUUUCUUUCGUUAUUUUGAGAGAUUUCAAAGGCAUUGCUUUUGAUCCGGUCGUCUCGGUUGAAUCUCCUGAUAUAUAUACAACCAUGGUGUUCUGGGUUUUUGGCUAUGGUUCAUUGGUGUGGAACCCUGGAUUUGAAUACGAUGAAAAAGUGAUAGGCUUCAUCAAGGAUUACAGGCGUGUUUUUGAUCUUGCAUGCAUUGAUCACAGAGGUACGCCUGAAAACCCUGCAAGAACUUGUACGUUGGAACGGAAUGAAGGAGCCAUUUGCUGGGGUGCCGCUUAUUGUGUACGAGGAGGCCAAGAAAAGGAGAGAAUGGCAAUGGAGUAUUUGGAGCGGAGAGAAUGUGAGUACGAUCAAAAGACUUUAGUAGACUUUUACAAGGAAGGGGAUGACUUACAGCCCGCUGUAACUGGAGUGAUAGUCUUUACAUCCACUCCAGACAAAGAAUCAAAUAAAUACUACCUAGGGCCUGCCCCAUUGGAGGACAUGGCCAGGCAAAUUGCAACUGCUUAUGGUCCAUGUGGGAAUAAUAGAGACUAUAUUUUCUUGCUGGAGAAGGCUAUGUUUGAUAUUGGUCAUGAAGAUGGCUUAGUUAUAGAGCUGGCAACUGAAGUGAGGAGGGUCCUUGGAAUCGGGGGAGUAGGGAUACCAAAGGAGAAGUUGGUUGGGAGUUCCCAUAUCUCACUCAAGUCCAAUAUCCCAGCCCUUCAUCUGCGACCGCUCCCAGAAGCUAUUGCGAUGGACUCCUAAGGAGUCACUGAAGAAAUGAGAAAAAACAUGAAUCUUUAUCUAACUCAAUUAUAUUGUUCUCUUGCAUAAUCUCUUCUAACACAUCAUAAUAGUGAGAACAGUUGGAAGCUUUUCGUGUUUUUAACAUAUUCAUUCUUACGAGUAGGGCCAUUUAUUUUGUUAACCCGUAUCCCGGUUUUCUUUAUCAUUUUUAGACUUCUGUUUAAGGAAUGAUUAACCACCAUUGAUACACAUCACAUCAUAGUGAGAAUGUACUCUGCAACACCAUUGGUGAUUUCAGUUAUAGUUUCCAAGCAAGAGAAUUGUGUUUGGCAACAUUUUUUUUUCUUUUUAAAUUUAGUUGUUAACCAAGAGAAUGGAAGAUUUUGUUGGAACCU